AUGGAUACAAUUGUUUCUGGGCCAACUGAGCACCACCAUACACCAACACCAGAUCUGGUUCCAGUAUUAGAACUCAAAAAUAAAAUAAAAACACGUGCUGCUGAAACUGAAGAAUUACCUAGUACAAUUUUACAUUCUGUAAUGAGAUCUUUUCCUUUAGAUGCUGCCAAUCAACUGCCUCAAAGUGAAACACUUUUGAGAACUAUUCGUCGACAACGUCCUGCGCCUUCAAUGACUGCCAACAACCAACUACCUGACCAUUUAAAACAAACAGAUCGUGGAGAGAACUUCGUACUUUACGAAGAUGAGAAAUUGAUUAUUUUUACCACCGCGACGAAUCUCUCAGUAUUGAAAACAUGUAAACAUUGGUUUGUCGAUGGAACAUUUAAGGUGUGUCCAGACGACUUCUAUCAAUUGUUUACUUUACAUGGAUUGUUCAAAUCACAAAUCAUUCCACUAGUUUAUGCUUUUGUUCCUGUUUUAGAUGUUAUCAAGGCGUUUGAUUUAGUUGCCGACGAUUUCGACGAUGAAGCCGAUGAUUUUCUUGGUUAUUUUAAGAAAACAUGGAUAGGAGAGCCGAAGAAGAGAGGCACUGGUCGAAAAAAACUGCUCUUUCUAAUUGAACUUUGGAAUGUUUAUGAUCGAACAGUUGCCAAUCUUCCACGCUCAAACAAUUCAAUUGAAGGAUGGCACAAUGCAUUCGCGAAACGUGUCGCAAUUGCACAUCCAAGUAUUUCAAAAUUAACCGAGAAGAUUCGUCGUGAACAAUCCAAAUUCGAAGUCGACAUCGCACAAAUUCCUCAAGGACAAGAACCCAAGCCGAAGAAACUUAAGUAUCGAAAACUGGACGAAAGAAUCAAACGACUGGUCGACGAUUAUCCAAACCUCGAUCUAGGUGAGUAUUUGAAAGGACUAGCUGUAAAUAUGUCGUUGUAA